CAGAAAAGGCUCAGUCAAGUUUUGUGAGCAGGAGGAGAAGCUUCAGUAAAGCAAGUGCGUAGACGGGUUCGCGGCUCUCGACACGUUGUACUUUUAUUUGGAUAUUUCUAUUGCAUUUUUUCGACAUACAGGACGUUUAACAUACAGGCAAAGCUUCAGCGAAUCCACACGUGGCUGCCUCUGCCUCCCUCCCACAUUGGAACUGCCAUCCCACAGAUAGCAUGGACAGAUUCUACGACCAGCAGGUCCCAUUCAUGGUCCCACCCAGUAAUUCUGCAGCGGAUGACUUGCCCAACACUCGGCCACUGAACGACAGGAAGAGGAAGUUUGUGGACACAGAACUCGCCCAGGACACUGAAGAACUCUUUCAAGAUCUCAGUCAGCUGCAGGAGAUCUGGAUCGCAGAAGCCCAGGUGCCCGACGAUGAGCAGUUUGUCCCAGAUUUCCAGUCGGAGAGCUUGAUGUUUCAUGGGCCUCCACCGACCAAGAUCAAACGAGAGCUGACCCCCACCAAGGACCUGUCCCCCUGCCACCAGGCCAGCAGUCCCAUGCCCUACAGAGAGAAGUGCCUUUACAGCUACAGUGCCUGCGACGGAAAGCCAACCCCCGGAUUCAAGCCAUUGACCCCACCCUCCACACCGGUCUCUCCCUGCCUCCCCACCAGCACGGCUCUAACGCAGACCCCGCCUCCUCAUUGCCACACAGCCAAUCAGACCCCAGCACAGCGUGCACUACAGCACCCCCCCAACCAGCAGGCCGUCUUGGGGCACAGCCCCCCCUUCGCUGUGCCCUGUGUACCCCUCAGCCAGGAUGCUAACAGCUUCACACCUGAGCACAGGUUCCAGAGGCAGAUGUCAGAGCCAUGCAUACCUUUCCCCCCAUCUGAGAGCCAAAGCCGUCCCCGGUUCCUGGCCACACCCCCCAGCAGCACCAGCCUGCCGCGUGACGGCCGCCCCCCCUACCACCGGCAGAUGUCAGAGCCUCUGGUGGCGGUGCCUCCCCAGGGCUUCAAACAGGAGCUCAUCGACCCUCGGUACAGCGAGCAGGGCGUGCCCGCCAUGGUGCCCCCCCGUCAGGCCGCAUUCCACCCCAUGGCCAUUAAACAGGAGCCUCGUGACUUCUGCUUCGACUCUGAAGUGCCUAACUGCCAGUCGUCCUUUGGGAGAGCAGGAAGUUUCUACCAGAAUCCCCAUGACGGCUACUCCUAUGACAGAGAUCCACAGCUGUACUUCGACGAUACAUGUGUGGUUCCAGAAAGACUAGAAGGGAAAAUAAAGCAGGAGCCGUCUGCUUACCGCGACGGCCCUCCCUACCAGCGCCGCGGCUCCCUGCAGCUCUGGCAGUUCCUCGUCACCCUGCUGGACGACCCGGCCAACGGACACUUCAUCGCCUGGACUGGUCGCGGCAUGGAGUUCAAACUCAUCGAGCCUGAGGAGGUGGCUCGUCGCUGGGGCAUUCAGAAAAACAGACCCGCCAUGAACUACGACAAGCUGAGCCGCUCGCUGCGCUACUACUAUGAGAAGGGCAUCAUGCAGAAGGUAAAGGUGGCAGGCGAGCGGUACGUCUACAAGUUCGUGUGCGAUCCCGAGGCUUUGUUCUCCAUGGCGUUCCCCGACAACCAGCGGCCCAACCUGAAGCCGGACAUGGAUGGCCUGCAGGGGCUGGAGGACGAUACCAUGCCCCUCACCCACUACGACGACGCCGCCCCUUACCUGCUGGAGGCCGGGGAGCAGUGCGGCGCCGCCCUGCCUUUCCCUGACGGCUACGGCUACUAGCCGGCUCGCACGUGUCCGGGUGCAAAACACACAUGUACACGCAGACACUCCCAAUGUUUCUCCUCAUGCCAGCUCUGAAAAAUCCACAGCUGGAACCUGCAGAGCUGCCUGGAGGGAAUGACCUCUGCCCCUGGAAAAUCCCUCUGAGGCCUCCGGAAGCUCGGAGGAACCUGCGGCAGUGAGGGGAGGGAGAACUGGACUCCGUAGCUCCAGAGCUCUGCACUGCAAGGCCAGGGCUAUCGUUGCCACGGAAACCAAACCGCGAAAAAGUCAAAGGCCACCGUUUUGGAGUGGACUGACAGACCGCGGGAGUGGGUGUCCAUCUGACUUUGUGACAAUCUGUAUUCCUGGGAAGCAGCCAAUCACGAGCUCUGUCCUGUCUAGAGUUGCCUUUCUGGGUUCCCUGUUUUCAUGUCUCCACAUUCGAAAUCCAAGAUCAGCGAAAGGGCUUGAAUUUACGCAAAGACAAACACUCUGUAGAUAGAAGAACACCGUUUAACACUCCGGCUGUUUUCCCGUCUGUCUGGACCUCAGCAGGCCUCACCGCUCCACUUUGUAAAUGUUCUUUACGUCUAUGUAAGAGAUUUUAAUAUGCUGAACUCCGGUGUGUGUGUGGUUCACUCCAUCACUGUGAGAACGUCUCAUGUCCAAUAAAGAUGGUUCCUUUUUUUCCCCUAAUCUUUCUGGGUGCUUGACGUGUUGGUCGUUCCUCUGAUGCACCAGUAUGGCAGGGGCAUCAGGGCGCUGCAUGCAAACACAACCCGGGACCUGGGGUCACCGGCGUCCUCCGGGAACCCUCUGCCACCUCCAUCUUUCUGCUUGCUGGAACCACUCCAUUGACAUAUCUCCUUACUGGAUCUGGACAAAGAAAUUUGUUUAUAUUCUCUUUUUUUCGGAAUUCAGGCAAAGACAAACUUAUAUAAAGUAUAUAUUUUUGUUAUAAGGCUGCAUUGGUUCAGAUUUAAAUGUGUAAGCUGUACAGUUCAGGCUGUAAUGAUGUUGCUACUGCUGUUGGGCUUCAGGUUGGAGACUGAAUGACAAUAUGUUGUUUAGCUGUUAAAGCUACAGUGUGUAACUUACAAAAAUAUGUUUUGUUUUGGGGUUUUUUCAUAUUUGUUGAAACUGUUACUAUGUCAUGACAGUGUAAUUUGAGACGGAUGUGAAAAGACCGAUCUCCUCCACCUCCCUGACCUACUAUUGCUGUCAGAAGAAAUGCACCACUCCCAACCAAAAUCAACCAAUCAGAGCCAGGAGGAGCGCUGUUGAUCAUCCUCAUCUACUUGCUGCUCAAUCUGCUAAUGGUGGAGAGACAACUUACCAUUUAUCCGCUGUCAUCACUUGCCAUGCCAACUAGUCUUAGCAUUCAUGACAGGCUCUGUUGUGGUGAACCAGUGAUAGUGUAGCAGAGCAAAGGGGGAGGGUGAUUGACAGCGCUAAGACCCUCCUCCUGGCUCUGAUUGGCUGUUUCUGACAGACCAGUAUGUUUCUGUAGAUGACAGCAAGUCCAUAGGAAAAAGAUUUUCUGUCUCAUGUUAUACUGUCACGACAUGGUGAUAGUUUUAACAAAUAUGUAAAUAAAUAAAUAAAAAACAUUAUUUAUAAAAGUUACAACUGCUUCUUUAAACUAAGAAAGUUGAAAAGGCCAGAAAUCCACCAGAGGUGGAUGAUGAUCUCAUCAAAGGAUCUGUGUUUGUACAGGCUCUCCCUUCAUCCCCCUCCCCCUCACAAUGUGUUUCUUACACUGCUGAGUUUCUGAUGAUCUGUACUGGGUACAAUAAAAGCUCCUUGAUGCUUCACUGCCUGCA